UCUCUCACCUUACUUCUUUUGAUCCCUUGUAAACUUCUACCAGUUUUCUAUGGUAAAAUUGCAAACUUACCGGACUUGGUCAGCAGGGUGUUUAUUUAGUAGUUCAAAUAAUCACCGUUCAAAAGGGUUAUUUUGGGAAGCCUCUUGCUUGGUGUCCCCCUCCCUUAGAAAUAUAUUUUCUUAUGCUUUUCAAUCAAUGGGUGGCAGGAUGAGACGGUGGAAUACGUGUUUCGACAUAUGUGGUAUCCAGUUUACAGCCCACUUGUUCAUGAGAAGUAGGCUUUCACAUUGGAAGCUACUUCUACGUGGACCGCGCUCCAAAAGGGAAACAAUCCUGUUCACUUGGUUCUUUUACUAUUAGUUUACAUUAUUUAUCAAGAGACGUUCAAAAUCAUUCAAUUCUUCAUUUUCAGCUAAUUGUUAUCUGUAAUGUCUCUUCUUUUCGUUUUUUAAUUAAGCUUAUCAAGAAAACUGGCAUUGUCAUAAUAAUAUAUGGCUUCCACUGAGUCCAAAAUCUCCUUUCUUUUUUUUUUUUAUGGUUUCUGUUCACUAGAUAAUAAUACCUUCUCCAUUCAGUGAAUCAACUUUCUUUCUAUCUAAUGCGAGCUUUCAUUUUGAGUACUGCAACUGAGAACCCUUCCAUUCUUUGCAUUUACUAAUGUGAACUGUAUACUGAUGAAACAUACAUGUAAAAUAAAUUGGAGUAUCUUUUCGUCUCGUCGAGAUUCAUAAGAUAUCAACUGUAUUGGUAAAGACAAAUGAUCUUCAUUUCAAAUGUGGAAAUGCAGGGUAAUCUAUUGCUUCUGUUUUUGUCAAGGAGGGUAAAGGGGCUGGCAAGUGGCAACUGAAUACUUUCAUUUGGAUUUAACUCAGAUGAAUUCCUUCCUUGACCAGGUCUCCGCAGCCUUCACCAAAUAUUUUGUGUCAGUCUCAUCGGUUAGUCUUUUGCUUAUUUCCCAAGUUAGGCUUGUUUAUUUUGUCACUCUCUUAUUCAUCAGAAUCCACCGAGACAGAAGAAUAAGAAGAAUGGCACAAACAUGCGACUUUCUCGAAACAAAGAGGUAUGCUGUGGUUACUGGGUCAAACAAGGGAAUUGGGCUGGAAAUAUGUAGGCAGCUGGCUUCGAAAGGAGUAACAGUGGUGUUGGCUGCUAGAGAUGAGAACAGAGGUCUUGAAGCUUUUGAGAAGCUGAAGGAGUCUGGUCUUUCUGAUCAUGUGGUUUUCCUCCAGCUUGAUGUGACAGACCCUGUUAGUAUUGCUUCACUUGCAGCUUUCAUCAGGACCCAAUUCGGAAAACUUGAUAUCUUGGUCAAUAAUGCAGCGAUUGCUGGAGUCAUUAUGAACUAUGACAGUUUCGCUAGAGCUGUUGAACGUUUUGGAGAUUGGCCAGUUGGGGAGCAAGUCUGGGAUGAGAUUAUUACGACACAAACCCAUGAGCUGGCAGAAGACUGCCUGAAAACGAAUUAUUAUGGUAUGAAAGGAAUGGUUGAAGCACUUGCUCCCUUCCUCCAGCUAUCUGAUUCAGCAAGGAUUGUGAACAUUACCUCUUAUCUCGGAUUAUUGAAGGUUAUGUCCAAUGAAUGGGCAAAAGGAGUGUUAAGUGAUGUUGAAACCCUCACAGAAGAGAGAGUGGAAGAAGUUUUGAACCAGUUUCUUAAAGAUUUUAAAGAUGGAACGAUGACAACCAAAGGGUGGCCAACUUAUGUUGGAGCAACUGCUUAUUCUGUCUCAAAAGCAGCUGUGAAUGCCUACACUAGGAUACUAGCCAAGAACUACCCCAGUUUCUGCGUCAAUUGUGUUGCCCCAGGGUUUGUCAAAACGGAUAUCACUGGCAAUGCUGGCUACUUAACUGCUGCAGAAGGGGCAGAGUAUGCAGUGAGAGUGGCCUUGCUACCCAUUGGUGGGUCUUCAGGCCUAUUGUUCAAUCGCCAAGAAGUUUUAAAUUUUUGA